GCGGGGCUGGACACCUCUCGCGGUUCUUGUGAAGUGUUCCUCCCGAGGCAUUCUGGGUCAUGUAGUUUGAACGUAGAAAGAGCUCGGCUGAGGGGAAGUGUGAAGAAAGGGUAACGCCAGUAAACCAUCGCGACUGAGAGCGGGACUUUGCCUAUGGGCUGACACUCUCAUUCUCGUGGAGAAGAUCCUUGGUGGUCGCACAAUGGCCAAGCGUGGCUGGUGACACGGACUACAUCUCCCAUCAGGUCAAGUGCAGUAUAACAGGCCGCCGCAGGUGGCGCUAGAGCAUUGUGGGAUUGUAUGAGUCUCAAGAUGGACAACCGAGAUGUUGCAGGAAAGGCUAACCGGUGGUUUGGGGUUGCCCCACCCAAGUCUGGGAAGAUGAACAUGAAUAUUGUUCACCAGGAAGAGCUUAUUGCUCAGAAGAAACGGGAGAUUGAAGCCAGGAUGGAGCAAAGAGCCAAGCAGAAUCAGGUGGCUAGCCAUCAUCACCCACAUCCUGGAGAAGUAGUCAACACACACAAUUCCUCUUGUAUUUCCAACAAGUUUGCCAAUGAUGGCAGCUUCUUGCAGCAAUUUCUGAAAUUCCAGAAGGCACAGAUGAGCACAGACCCACCCCCUAGUGCCCCUCCCAGCAUACCCACUGCUAAUGCCGUGAAGAGGCCUCUCCUGCUCAGCAAGCGAACUGGCCUGGGUCUGGGCAGCCAGCUCAAUCAGGUGAAGAACUACUCACAUGCCAAGCAGCUGCCUGUGGCACACCGCCCCAGUGUCUUCCAAUCCCCUGAUGAUGAUGAGGAGGAGGACUAUGAGCAGUGGCUGGAAAUCAAAGUUUCACCCCCAGAGGGAGCCGAGACUCGGAAAGUGAUAGAGAAACUGGCCCGCUUUGUGGCAGAAGGAGGCCCUGAGUUAGAAAAAGUAGCUAUGGAGGACUACAAGGAUAACCCAGCCUUCACAUUUUUGCAUGAUAAGAAUAGCAGGGAAUUCCUGUACUACAGAAAGAAGGUAGCUGAGAUCAGAAAGGAGGCACAGAAGUCACAGACAGCCCCUCAGAAAGUUUCACCCCCAGAGGAUGAAGAGGCCAAGAGCCUUGCAGAAAAGUUGGCCAGGUUCAUAGCAGAUGGGGGUCCUGAGGUAGAGACCAUCGCCCUCCACAACAACCGUGAGAACCAGGCAUUCAGUUUUCUGUAUGAACCCAACAGCCAAACAUACAGGUACUACCGGCAAAAGCUAGAAGAGUUCCGGAAGGCCAAGGCAGGCUCUACUGGUGCUCUCCCAGCCCCUGACCCCAGCCAGAGGCGCAAGUCUGCUCCUGAGGCCCUCUCUGGCAUUUUGCCCAUUGCCAACACCUGCCCUGCUCUGCCAACCCCAACACCCACAGUUGCCCCUCUUCCAGUGAUCCCCCUCUCCGGAAAGCCUGCCGCCACAGCCACUGUGAAGAGGAAGCGAAAGAGCCGGUGGGGCCCUGAAGAAGACAAGGUGGAGCUGCCACCCGCUGAGCUGGCUCAGAGGGAUGUUGAUGCCUCCCCCUCACCUCUGUCAGUUCAGGAUCUCAAGGGGCUCGGCUAUGAGAAGGGGAAGCCCGUGGGGCUGGUGGGUGUCACUGAGCUGUCUGAUGCACAGAAGAAGCAGCUGAAGGAGCAACAGGAGAUGCAGCAGAUGUAUGAUAUGAUCAUGCAGCACAAGCGUGCCAUGCAGGACAUGCAGCUGCUGUGGGAGAAGGCUCUGCAGCAGCACCAGCAUGGCUACGACAGUGAUGAGGAGGUGGACAGUGAGCUGGGCACCUGGGAGCACCAGCUGCGGCGCAUGGAGAUGGACAAAACUCGGGAGUGGGCCGAGCAGCUGACUAAGAUGGGUCGAGGAAAGCACUUCAUUGGGGACUUCCUGCCUCCUGACGAGCUGGAGAAAUUCAUGGAGACCUUCAAGGCUUUGAAGGAGGGCCGUGAGCCAGACUACUCGGAGUACAAGGAAUUCAAGCUGACAAUUGAGAAUAUCGGCUACCAGAUGCUCAUGAAGAUGGGCUGGAAGGAGGGCGAGGGGCUGGGCACUGAGGGCCAGGGCAUCAAGAACCCAGUGAACAAGGGUGCCACCACAGUGGAUGGUGCUGGCUUUGGCAUUGAUCGGCCAGCAGAGCUUUCCAAGGAGGAUGAUGAGUAUGAGGCCUUCCGCAAGAGGAUGAUGCUGGCCUACCGCUUCCGGCCCAACCCCUUGAACAAUCCCAGACGGCCUUACUACUGAAUAUUCUGGAAACACACAAGCCUACUUCAGGAACAGUCAUCCCUGGACUGUGGAAUGUUCUGGCCUGCAUCUCUGCUUGUCCUGUUGUCACAAGUGUCUUGCAGUAUAUUAAAGUCCCAGUACUCACCCA